AAUGGCGUCAUGCACUUGAUUUUAAUUUUGCUUCAUGAAGUUUUCCUUUUAUUUAUAUUUUAAAAUUUUACAAGGAUUCUUAAUUCAAGGUUUGUCGACAAUAUACUUAAUUAUCAAUUAGAAUGAUUACCUCAUAAUGAACUUGUUCAUCAAAAGCCGAAACAUUAGGGAAUUAUUCAAGCCACGGAUACUGCCACAAUGUUACAGUAGUCGCUGACCAUAAAGGAUCGCUAAAUAUCGAUUGUUAACAGAGAUUAAAGUAUGACUACCUCAUACAGCCAUUAUCCACCCCCAAUUAAAAAAUUCGGAGAUGGCAGUACAUUUGAUAAGGCUGCCUAUGCUGCUUAUGAAGCCGUUAAAUCCGAAAGAGAUGCUCUAAAGGAGAUUGAAAAAACCUCUAAACGUAGAAUAGAAGCUCUUGAAAAAGAGACUGCGGACUUGCUAUCCUCCUACCAAGGAAUAUAUGAUGAAAACAGAGUACUGCGUAGUAAAGUUGAGCAUGGUCCAAAUGCACAGAAAAUUCGCAAUUUCCGAAAUGAAAUUAAACGAUUAGAGGAAAAGGUUUCAGCACAAAGAACUGAAAAUAAUAUGUUAAGUGAAGAAAUUGCAUCGUUGCAAAAACAAUUUAAUAUCAUAUCUGAGGAAAAGAAAAGAAUUGAUGAUGCCUUUAAGAUGGAAAGAUCGUUGCAUAUUGAGAAAACGACUAACGCUGAGGAAGAAAAUAAAGAUUUAUACGCAAAGAUAGAGAGAUUAGAAAGACAACAAGAAGAAUAUGAAAGAAGAGUAAAGAACUAUGACGAGGAAUCUGAAGGGCUACUUAGUAGAUACAAAGAACUUAAACGAGACAAUCUUAAGAUGGAGACGAAAUUCAAGAAACAAAAGGAUAUGGCAGAAGAAGAAAUUCGUGAAACGAAAGAGUUAAACAAAGAAAUGGCUAAAGAAAUAAUUGUGCUUAAAACAAGACAAGCUAAACUGCAGGCAGAAUUUAAUUCAGUAAAGUUGGAUUACCAGGCGGCCGAGAAACAAAUAGAUUAUCAAAAUAAAGAAUUAGAUGUUUUUAGAACCCAAUCUCAACUUUUGCAUAGGAACGUGAAAAUAUCUGAACGUGAAUACAACUCAAUGAAAGAAGAGCUACAAUCAGUUGAAGAAAUGCUUGUUGACGCAAGGAAUUUCGGCUUUGAAUCUGUCAUUGACGAAAGAAGAAACCUGAAAAAGAAAGAAAGAAAGCAAUUUAAACGUAUCGAUGAUUUAGAAUUGCAAGUAGAAGAAUUAACUAGGGAAAAUAAUGACUUAGAAAAAGAAGCAAACGAAUACAGGCGUAAAAUGGAAGCAGCAAUCAUUGAAAGGGAAAAUCUCCUUUUUGCAGAGACAACUUUAAAACGAAGAAUAGAAGUAUUAGAAAAUGCAAAUAUUGAUCUGGACAGGCGAACAAAGUUUAUGUCUAGCAAAAGCAAAACGGGACUGGUUGUUAAAAUGCCAGACGAGAAUAUCAAGAACUUGGAGAAAGAAAAGGCUUCUCUAUUUGCAAAAUGUCGAUACCUCGAGACACAGAAUAGGCGUUAUGCAAGGCGUAUCAAAGAACUAGAAAAUGGAAUGGAAAUUGAUGACUUUGAUAAUGAAAAUGCAUCUCGUCUUUUCAAAUCGAGAGUAACAUCGGACCACGUGCUUCAUGCCGAUAUGCCAACUUUGUCCAAUAGAGAUCCAAAAUCAUCAUAUCGACGAAAAGCCAAACUCCCUAGAUCACUUCCAGCUCCUUCUGUUUGAACAUAUAUUAUCGUUCAUUGUUAUUACACUUGUAAUGAUAUCAUUAUGUUUUAUAUUUUGGCGUCACGUUGCUCUGACCCGAAUCUACAAACAAUGUUUUUUGUAGUUUUUAAGCUUUUGAAUCAUCCGGAAUGCAAUAUUCAACAAAAGUGAAUUGAAGAGAUUGCAUUAGCCAAACUGUCGAAUAAAUUAAAAUAUAUCAAUUUGUUUAUCUAUUUAUGCAUAAUUCAUAUAUUUUAUCACGCAAUGUCUGGCGAAUUCUUCGUUUAUAAUUAUCUUUAACUGAUAUUGCAAAAUUUGACAUAUGAUUUGAAAAUAAAAGUAUAUUUUUUGUUACCAAAAAGAGCAUGAAAAAGUACUCGAACGGGCGUUAACCUGACAUUUUCUUCACAAUAUAAAACAAUACGAAAGUUAGAUUGCCAUCCAAUGAAUUAAAGACACCGAAAUGCCUUGGUGUUUGGGAUUUACGCUUUAUUAGUCGCCGGUAGAAACC